CUGGGCCUGAUGAUUGCGCCCUUAUGCUCAGUCUAAGGCUGGAAUCUGCGGCGAUUCAGACUACAUAUAUGGAAUCUACCGUUUCGGAUGAACUCAUUCCGAAAACUCGUGUCACACGAUAAAUACGAUUGCCAGAUCAAUCCAUCAUGAAUUCAAGCAUCAAUUCACGUCCUUCGCGGGACACCAUGCGCGCAGAAUCUCCCUUGUCGCUUCCACCGGCACCCGACGCUUUGCAACAAUCGGUCCGCUCAGUUCACCCCUCAAAGCCUGACACGGAAAAGGAGGAGCUGCUAGUACAGGUGAAUACAUUAAAGUAUGAGCUAGAGAAUUUCAAGCAAGAGAGGGAUUUGAUGGUCCUGCGUCAUGAAAAGGAACUACGGGAUUUGCAGCUCAAGGCAGAUUCGGACUUUCGAAAAGCUCAGAGAGUAACAGCCACCGGGCCACCCACAAGAGCGAGACUCUAGCGAAAGAGUUGAAAGAAACCCAGGACAAUGCCCUUAAUGAGAAAGCCGGCCUUGAGCGAAAGAUCAGAAGUCUUCAAGAUCAGAAUCAGUUACUUCAGGAGGAGGUGGAAGACUCAAAGGC